GACAGCACGUGUAUCGCACAUGUGACAUCACACACGAUGGACGUAAAUUUAUCGAGUUUGUAUUUGUGAUAUAGCCGGUGAAUUGUUUCUUUAAGACUUGAAAAAAAGCAGAGAGAUAACAAUAUUGAGUGAUACAUAUAACUACAAAUAGGUUAAUCAUGCUGCGAAUAUUUGGUCGCUCGGCGCAUCUUCUCAAGAGGACCACGAAGAUCGUCUGCGCGUCGAGCGUGAGGAAUUUGAACCUGUUGGAAUAUCAGAGCAAAGAGCUCCUGCGCGAUUCGGGUGUCUCUGUACAAAACUUUGCUAUCGUCGACGACUUAAGCAAGACGAAUUCUGCUUUGGAAAAACUACAUGCGGAUGAAUUUGUCAUUAAAGCUCAAGUCUUGGCAGGAGGUCGUGGAAAGGGUUGGUUUGAUAAUGGGUUCAAGGGAGGUGUUCAUCUCACCAAAGAUCGUAAUGCUGUUAGCAAUUAUGUGAAGAAUAUGUUAGGUCAUCGUCUGAUUACUAAACAGACUUCGAAGGAUGGCAUACUAGUGCAGAAGAUUAUGAUAGCUGAGUCAGUAGAUAUUGCAUAUGAGACCUAUAUCUGUAUUCUCAUGGAUCGUCAGUACAAUGGCCCUGUGCUGAUAGCAUCUCCAGCUGGUGGAAUGGAUAUUGAAACAGUUGCGGAGAAAUAUCCUGAGAAAAUCAAAACUGUUCCAUUGGAUAUCUAUUAUGGAAUCGAUGAUGAAAUAGCACAGGACGUGUGUACUUUUUUGGGAUUUUCCGAUCCGGAUGUCCUUAAUAAAGCUAUAUAUGAAUUGAAAAAUUUGUGGAAGCUGUUUGUGGAUAUUGAUGCGCUGCAAAUUGAAAUCAAUCCACUGGUGGAAACGACAGAUAAGCAAGUGAUAGCGGUAGAUGCAAAAAUUGCAUUUGAUGAUAAUGCACAAUUUAGACAGCAAACUCUAUUUGCUUUAGAAGAUGUCAGUGAAAAAGAUCCCAGAGAGGUGGAUGCAUCACGAUAUAAUUUGAAUUAUAUCGGAAUGGAUGGCAAUAUAGGAUGUUUAGUGAAUGGAGCUGGUCUAGCUAUGGCUACAAUGGAUAUUAUUAAGUUAAAUGGAGGAUCGCCAGCUAAUUUUUUAGAUGUUGGCGGUAGUGUGAGAGAAGAUCAAGUUUUUCAAGCAUUUAGAAUCCUCAGUGAAGAUCCAAAAGUCAAAGCUAUUCUCGUUAAUGUUUUUGGAGGAAUCGUGAAUUGCAUAACGAUAGCAAGAGGAAUUAUUGCUGCAUCACAAAACUUAGGACUUCAAAUACCACUUGUUGUGAGACUAGAAGGCACUAAUGUGACAGAAGCCAAAAAGGUUUUGGCCGAAUCUGGAUUGCCUAUUCUCACAGCGAAUAAUUUAGAUGAAGCAGCGAGAAAAGCGGUAACCUCUGUAAAUACAUAAUUGUAUUAAUAUAAUGAUACAUAUUUUAUAUUAUUUCGAUUUAUACCUAUUUAAGACUGGAAAUCUAUAGUUUGAAUAAGAGAACAAUAAUGUUAGGACUUGAAGUAAGAAAAACUAUAUAAUUUUUCAUGUUUUUAUAAUAUCAGAGAACAAUAAUGUUAGGAAUAACUUGAAAUAGGAAAAAUUAUAUAAUUUUUUAUAUUUCCAAAAUAUCACUUUUUGAGAUAUUUUUAUAACUUAGAUACUUUUACAAUUUGAGUGUACAUAAGCAUCUAAAUACUGCCUACUAAUGUUCAUUGCUCUUGUACAUUUUAUUAUUCAAGCAUAGAGUAGUUGUAGUCUGAUUUGAUCAUUGCUCAAAUUGACAUACAUACACACACACACACACACACACACAUAUAUAUAUACAUACAUACUUUGAUCUCAUUUUUAUUAACAUCUUCAAAAUUCUAAACACAAAUCUAUUUUUAUUGACGAGAUAAGAUUAUUAUUAGAAUUUUUAAGCAGUCUCAAUUUUUAAGUUGUCUCUUCUUUAUUAAAGCUAAAUCAAAAUAUAUCAUUAUCUUAU